UCCUCAUACCAUAUACAAUUGUAGCACCGAUCGAAAAGUUUCCUUGACAAUCUAAUUCUGCAAAAAUGGCAAGCAAUAAGGAGUCUAAGUUCCCAGCACAGAGCCAGAAAACUCAGCCAGGAAAAGAACAUGUAAUGAAUCCACUCCCACAAGCCACAAAUCCUGAUCACAAGGCCGCCAAUAAACUCCAGGGAAAGGUGGCGUUGGUGACAGGAGGUGACUCAGGAAUUGGCAGAGCGGUUUGCCUGUGUUUCGCAAAAGAGGGUGCAACCGUGGCCUUUACAUACGUAAAGGGCCAUGAGGACAGGGAUAAAGAUGAUACUCUGAAGAUGCUGCUUGAAGCUAAGACAAGUGGUGCAGACAAUCCAUUGGCAAUAGCAGCGGAUAUUGGCUUUGAUGAGAACUGCAAACAGGUCAUUGACCUUGUUGUCAAAGAAUAUGGCCGCCUUGAUGUUCUGGUCAACAAUGCAGCUGAGCAGCAUUUGACAAACUCUGUUGAGGAAAUCACACAACAGCAGCUUGAGAGAGUCUUCGGAACCAACAUCUUUUCUCAGUUCUUUUUGGUCAAGCAUGCUCUGAAGCACAUGAAAGAAGGGAGCUGCAUCAUAAACUCUACUUCAGUUAAUGCAUACAAUGGGAAUCCAGAAGCGUUGGACUACACUGCUACCAAGGGAGCAAUUGUGGCCUUCACCAGAGGUCUUUCUCAGCAGCUAGCGAGUAGGGGAAUUAGGGUGAAUGGUGUGGCACCUGGCCCAGUUUGGACGCCAAUACAACCAGCUUCAAAGCCUGCUGAGAUGAUUCAGAACUUGGGGUGUGAGGUGCCAAUGAACCGCGUGGCUCAGCCUUGUGAGAUUGCACCAUGUUAUUUGUUCUUGGCAACUUGUCAGGACUCUUCCUACUUUACUGGCCAAGUCCUCCAUCCAAAUGGUGGGAUGGUCGUCAACGCUUAAGCUAUAGUGUGCCUUCACCUAUUUCCUAUUGAACUGGUUUUUCUAGCUUACCCCUCCUGAAUAAGCAGUGUUACGUUCGGAUGCAUAUUUUACGUUGAAAUACAUUGUGUUUGUAGCAUAUAUGCCUUGAGAUGAAUAAACCUUUACGUGAGUUAUUUAUCUUCA